UCGUAGAUAUUUUCUCACUUUAGUCAGCCACCGCUUUCCUCCUAUAUAUCCCGUAGAGGCUGUUAAACCCUAGCCGCUCUCUUGCCUUCAGCUUCUUCCUUAAACCCAAAACCUCUUCUUUAUCACAGCUGUAGUAAUGGCUUUCUGCAAUAAACUUGGGAGUCUGGUUAGGCGAAGUGUUUCUACUAACAAUGCAUCAACUGCUCAAGUUCCAAUGGCUUCCAUGUUUAAUGCUUUGCGCUGCAUGUCCACAAAGCUUUUCAUUGGUGGCCUUUCUUAUGGUACGGAUGACUGUUCCCUGAAGGAAGCAUUCUCCAGCUUUGGUGAGGUUGUGGAAGCAAGAGUGAUUACUGACAGAGAUUCCGGGAGAUCAAGAGGAUUUGGGUUUGUGAAUUUCACAGAGGCUGAAUCGGCAAAUGAGGCUCUCUCGGCUAUGGAUGGACAGCAACUGCAAGGAAGAAACAUUCGGGUGUCUUACGCCCAAGAGAGGUCCGGGUCAGGUCCUCGUGAAGGGGGUUUUGGCGGGUCAAGGUCAGGUCCUCGUGAUGGGGGUUUUGGCGGUGGAAGGUAUGGGCGCAAUUCUGAAGAAUACUAAGUCUAUGUUUAGAUUGGUCAAUUGUCUAUAAGGGCAUAUGGCAUUUUAAGUUUUGUGGAAACUUUGCUUGUGGUUGGGGAUAAUUUAGAUAGAAUGGUUGAUGUUCUUAUUGUUCUCCUAAACAGUUUUAAACUGCAUCAAAUAUGAAGCUUGUUUCUAUACAGCUUCAGGAUAUUUAUUAAAUAUUUUAAUUUUUGUAUUGUAUUGUUCA